CCUUGAGCAGCGCGGUGUCCAACGCGGUGUCCUGUGCGCUGCGAUGCCCACUACAUCGACGGGCGAAGGCGUAGGGGGCGGCCACCAGAAUUUCCGCUCUGCAUUUCAAAGCAAGGCCGCGCAGCAAUACCAGCAGCUGCCGAGACAGAACCAGGAUGGUGAUGAAAGCAGCGAAGCAUCCUCCUUCUUCGAGCAGGGCCAAAUCCCAAAGAUUUGGUUGGCCUCCGACAGCGGCUCCUCCAUUGCCCAUUCCAGAGAGUCGGGGAGGUCUCAGAAAAGAGCCACCAGCAGGACAAGCUCUGGAAAAAGUGACUCCUCGAAUGAGAAACAAGCGGUUCAGAGUGAGAUCCCGGGCUUUUCCCGUCCAGGCGGCAUUCAUCUCUUCAGCUGUGCUGAGAUGCCGCAAGAUUUCUUGGCAGCGAGAGGUGACCGCCGCGUAAGCCCGAGCGUGAACCAGGCAAAGCAAGCUGCCAGCGAGCCUGGGUUGCUGAAGGCCGAUCAGUCUGAGACCGAAGAGAAGGUGGAGCUCACCACGGAGGUUCGAGAGCGCUGCAUGGACCUGAUCUCGAAGCUCCCAAAGGAUCAGUCUGGUUGUGUCACCUCUUUGGGAAGCCUUUUUCACAAAGAAGGUCAGUGCAAGCCGUGCGCAUAUUGGUUUAAGGGCCAAUGCAAGAAUGGAAUUUGCUGCCACAAUUGCCAUUUAGUGCAUCAAGGGCAGCGACCCAAACGCCUGAGGCCUGGAAAGACACAGAAGUCUGGAGCAGGAGAGAUGAACCUUCCUGAAGAUGAGAUGCCUCAAAGCAUUUGGAAGAAGGCGAUGGCUGAGCGUGCCAUACCCUCUGCACCUGGUCCCGUGGGAAAGCAAUCCAUCGACGUGAAGGUCACGACCAGCGCGUUACGGCAGGUUUGCAAGGAGAUGGGUUUUCAGGUGGCAGAAGCCAUGGUCACGACGAGAUUAUCCUUGUGAGCCCGUUGAAGCUCGUCCACAUCCACCGGGCCUGAAGGGCCACGUUCUGACCAACGUCCUUCCGCAUGGGUCGACCCCGGCAUGCGGAAGCUUUCUUUGCGAAUCAUGUUGUCCGGGGGAGGGAAGAUCGUCCUUUUCGGUGGGGGGGAUGAAAACCAUGGAACAUCCGUGAAAACACACAAAAGGCCACCGGCCGGUGGACUGGGAGCCUACGAGAGCAACCAGAUUUGGGUUCGGCUGCUGCGCCAAACUGGCGAUAGAGUGGCCAGCGGCUGGACCUAUAAUCUUCCCUCGCUUGCACAAAGACCAUGAUGCCUGGUGGCAUCCCAGCGAAGCAUGGCUUGAGUGACUGGUGCCUCAC